AUGUCGAAUGAAACAGGUAGUAGUUCAGCCAUAUUGGCAUUUGUUCAUCGAGUAGAAAUCGUUGCCCUACCAAUUUUGAUAAUAUUCGGAAGUAUUUGUAAUAUUAUAACAUUUAUUGUCAUGCGCCGGCGACGCAUGCGGGUAUCAUCGACAUGUUUCUAUAUGGCGACACUAGCUGUUACAGAUACAGUCGUUCUAUGGACCGGAUGUCUCAAUCAAUGGUUUUAUAUGAUACAAUUGCAAACACUUGUUGUGAAGUCGAAUUUAUCGUGUAAACUACUUCCCUUUUUAUUCGUUUUCUUUGCUGACGCAAGCGUCUGGAUUAUUGUUUGCAUGUCUUUUGAACGAUACUUUGCUGUAUCAAGGCCGCUAAAAGCAUCACAAAUGUGCACCACGCGACGAGCAAAAUGGGUCUUAUUGGCAAUCUUUGGAGUAUUUGUUCUAAUCGAUGGACAUUAUUUGAUCACAUUAGAAUUACAAAUGUUAAACGAUGAAUAUCCUGUAUGUCAUCCGAAAAUCUGGGCAAGACUUUUCGUUGAGAAAAUCUUCGUUUACAUUGACGCAUUGAAAUAUUCCGCAAUACCAUUUUGUAUUCUCGUUGUGUUAAGCAUCCUAAUUAUUCAACGAGUCUUUCAUGCUGAAGGUAUCAGCGCUCAAUUACAAAAUCUCAAUUACUUACGCAAUUAUCGACGGUAUACUUUGACGACAAGUCCAACGUUUUUUUCCAGAUCACCAUCGACACUCGGGAUCAAUUCUGCUAUUCAGACAAACUCAUCAAGUAAUACGCGUGUUGGUCGUCGAGUGACGCUAAUGCUAUUGUCUGUUAGUAUUGCAUUUUGUAUCUUUUCUGCUCCAAUGUCCUUGAUGCAAAUUAUACAAAGCGUAACUAAACCUGGUCAUUAUGAGAUACCGCUUGCUAUUGGAAAAGCUGUCGCUGAAUUAUGUCAAUAUAUCAAUCAUUCCUGUAGUUUUUUCCUAUAUGCUCUUACUGGACGAGUUUUUCGUCGAGAAUUCAUUCGACUCUUCUUUCCAACGAGAUUUAAUGGUAAAAAUCUUCACGCGCCUGGUGGUGCUGUUCGAAUGUGUCCUACUGGACGUGGUAGCUUAGUACCACAUCAACUGCACCAAUCAAGUCGACAAGGUUCGCUCUAUUCGAUUGAUACUCAUCGUCAUGGUUCAUGUCGAAAGCCGCGACGUUUAACGACAUUUUACUUGAAACAAUACAAUAUGAAUCGCAACACAAACCCUUCGUAUACAGUGAAAUCGCCUCUUUUGUCAGAGACGAACGGUUCAUCGUCACCGAAUCGAUAUCAUUACAAGAAACAACGUGACACUUUUCCCGAACCGAUUAUUGAAAACGAUGGAAAUAGUACAUCGCUCUAUAACUUGUGGAACAUGAUUGGUCGUAAAAAAGAACGAAGGGAAACCGACGAUGGGCCAUUGUUAGUGGUUAAGAUUUUAAAACCGUCGACUAGCAAACCAUCAUCCGUUUAA